AUGGUCAAGGUUGUGGAUGAAAUGGUGGCUUAUGAGUCGCAUGCCCAGGCUCCUUUCAUGCACACCUGGUACGAUGACAUUGAAAACGUGGAGCGUAUCUACAUGCCAGCACCUUCGUUUGGAGCCGACACUAACACCACAAUGAACUUUUCUGGCCUAAUUCUCUUCACCGACGCCAACUUUACUCAGGUCAACUUUUAUCGUACGUUUAACUCGAUCAACUAA